AUGCCGAUCAUUCCCAAGUCGUCAUAUUAUGACAAGAACUACAAACAGUCCCCGGCUUUGAUUCGGGCGAGGCGGCCGUAUCUCAUCAAGAAUAUGCUCACCGGCGUUGGCAUCUUUGCUUUCACUAUAGGAGUCUAUGCUCUCACGAUCAGAGCCGUUGCGCAAGACGAGUUCGAAGACGUUAUCGUCCCCGACGCCCCGAAGAAGACGACACCCCAAUAG